CUGUGAUCUGUGCGAGGCACUUGGAGGCACUGUCGUUCAUGUGUGUCGUUCUUUAUGUAUAAAUAAUUGUCAUUGUUAAAAUAAACAUGAAUAAAAUAUGUAGAAUAUGCUUAGAAGAAGGUGUACUAUCAUCAAUUUUUACUAAGAAUUUUAAUUUGUCUCUAAGUGACAUGAUUGAAUAUUGUUGCAACCUAAAGAUUGGAAAAAAUGAUGGUUUGCCUGAACAGAUGUGCAGCAACUGUAUUUACAAAUUGGGUAUUGCAUAUCAUUUUAAGCAAACUUGUGAGAGUGCUGACAUGCGACUGAGGCAAUAUUUAGGACUACAGACUCCUGAAAAGCGUACUGAUGUGGCUGUGAUGACAGAUCCAAUUGUCACAACUCACGCUACAAUCAUAAAAAAAUGUAAAUGCCAGCAGGGACAACGAAAAAGUAGUACAAACUACAAACGAAAGUUGGAAACUGAGAAAUUGAAACGAGGCCCAAAACCAAAACCCAAGCAAGUUCAUAGCUGUUACCAAUGUGACAAACAAUUUAGAUGCCAGGCACAGUUGGACAUGCAUGUAAGAACUCACACUGGAGAUAAACCCUUUGUUUGUAUGUAUUGCCCGCGACGUUUUACUCAAAAACACAAUUUGACAAUUCAUCUUCGUGUUCACACUGGUGAGAAACCAUUUCAAUGCGAAGUCUGCAGUAAAAGAUUUUCUGCUCAAGGAAAUCUUCAAGCACAUUUGAAAAUUCAUACUGGACAAAGAGAUCAUACAUGCACAUUAUGUAGCAAAUCUUUUAUUACAUCCAGUGAGCUUACACGGCAUAUGAAUAAACAUAGAGGUGUUAAAAAUUUCAAAUGUGAUUUAUGUGGAGCUGCUUACAUACACUCAAGAGACUUUAAAUUACAUAAAAUGAAAAAACAUCAAGUUUGUAUAAAAAAUUUAAAUGCACAAAAUGAAAAUUAUAACAAUAAUGCCAAUAUAGAUAUUAUUGGCAUAGAUGUAGGUAAAGAUGUGUCACAGAUGUCCAUGGGUGAGCACAAAGAGAUCAACCAUCACAUACAACAUUUGAUUAAUGAUAAACCUCAACACAAUGCCAGUUCUUCAUCUGUACACAAUCCAAAUGUACUAUCACUAAAUUCUGGAUAUGAAAAUAAAGAUGUUAAAGAUACUUUUCCACAUCAUCCAUAUGUCUUACCUAAAGAAAUUGUUGGAGGCCACAACUGUGCUAUUUGUGGUGAAAGUUUUAAUUAUUUAAAUGAAUUAGCCCAACAUUACCUACACAAUCAUAAUAAGGGUUAUGAUUCUUUAAAUAAUACAAAAACUUACAGUGCCCUACAGUAAAUACUAUUCCAAUAAAUUAUUAAACAUUUAAUAAGAUAUUUCUAUCUAUGCAUAAAUUAAUAUGAU